AUGGCUGAGAUUCAAAGGCCACGAAGCGCCAUUGUUGUUGGCGCAGGAGCAGGUGGUAUCGCCAUCGCAGCUCGUCUGGCCAAAGCCGGCGUAGACGUCACAGUCCUCGAAAAGAACGACUUCACAGGAGGCCGCUGCAGUCUCAUCCACACAAAAGAUGGCUAUCGCUUCGACCAAGGCCCUUCACUACUCCUCCUACCGGGUCUCUUCCGCGAGACGUUCGAAGACUUAGGUACCACCCUCGAGAAUGAAGGAGUCGAGCUUUUGCAAUGUUUCCCUAACUACAACAUCUGGUUCUCCGACGGCAAGCGGUUCUCGCCCACCACCGACACCGCCGGCAUGAAGCUCGAGAUCGAAAAGUGGGAAGGCCCAGACGGCUUCCGCCGCUACCUCUCGUGGAUGGCCGAGGGCCACCAGCACUAUGAGGCCAGCUUGCGACACGUCCUGCACCGCAACUUCAAGUCCAUCUUUGAGCUGGCCGAUCCCCGACUGGUCAUCCGCUUGCUGUUGGCUCUUCACCCCUUUGAGAGCAUCUGGCACCGCGCCGGGCGGUUCUUCAAGACGGACCGCAUGCAGCGCGUGUUCACUUUUGCGACCAUGUACAUGGGUAUGAGCCCCUUUGAGGCUCCAGCAACAUACAGCCUGCUUCAGUACUCGGAGUUGGCCGAGGGUAUCUGGUAUCCACGCGGAGGCUUCCACAAGGUGUUGGAGGCGCUGGUGAACAUUGGAGAGAGGAUGGGCGUCAAGUACAGACUCGGCAUGGGCGUGUCCAAGGUUCUCACGGAUGGAGGCAAGAACGGAAAGAAGCCAAAGGCGACGGGUGUCCAGCUCGAGAACGGCGAGGUGCUCAACGCCGAUUUGGUCGUGGUCAACGCCGACUUGGUCUAUGCGUAUAACAACCUCCUGCCAAAUGAGAUCGGCGGUAUCGAACGGUAUGCGAGCAAGCUCAACAACCGCAAAGCGUCGUGCAGUUCUAUUUCCUUUUACUGGAGCUUGUCGGGCAAGGCACCAGAGCUGGAGACGCACAACAUCUUUUUGGCGGAGGAGUACAAGGAGUCAUUUGACGCCAUCUUCGAGAGGCAAGCCCUACCUGACGAUCCCAGCUUCUACAUCCACGUCCCCUCGCGCGUCGACCCCUCGGCCGCCCCUCCGAACCGCGACGCCAUCAUCGCCCUCGUCCCCGUCGGCCACCUUCUCCAAAAUGGCCAACCAGAGCACGACUGGCCCACUCUCGUGUCCAAAGCCCGCGCCGGCGUCCUCGCCACCAUCGAAGCCCGCACCGGCCUUUCCCUGGCCCCCCUAAUCACCAACGAAAUCGUCAACACCCCCUACACGUGGGAAACCAAGUUCAACCUCAGCAAGGGCGCCAUCCUCGGCCUGGCGCACGACUUCUUCAACGUGCUCGCCUUCCGACCGCGUACCAAGGCCAAGGGUCUGGACAACGCUUACUUCGUCGGCGCUUCUACCCAUCCCGGAACUGGCGUGCCGAUUGUCCUUGCCGGAGCGAAGAUUACGGCUGAGCAGAUCCUCGAGGAGACGUUCCCCAGGGGCACAAGGGCGCCUUGGACGACGAAUGAGGAGAGGAAUAGUGGACGGAUGCGGAGAGAGAUGGAUGAGAGGAUCAUGAAGGAGGGUGUCAUUACCAGGGUUAAUAGUAAUAAGCCGGGCAGCGGCAGAAGGGGUAGUGAUGCUUUCGAGAGCGCCAUGGAGGUGGUUAAUCUGCUGUGGCAGAGGGCGUUGCCGUUGUUGGUGGCGCUGGCUGGGGUGCUGUAUUUCUUGUUGUUUGUGCGGUAG